GGCGGAGCUUCCGACGCCAGUCCCCGGAACCGAUCGCUCUUGGGUCUGUGGCCGCUCGUUUGAUCGUCGGAUAUGGGAAAACGAAAUGAGAGACCAGGGUUCCUGUUGAGGAAGUGAGAUGAUAACAUAACGCUGCCUCGACUACAUAAUUUCCCCGUUUGCUCUCUCUCACUGGACUGCAAUGCCGCCACAGCGAGUAUUCACGCUGCCGAGGCAACAAUCCCUGCUGCUGCCUGCGGUCAUCAACCCGUUUGUUCAAGACACCAAACUCACCAAAGCUGCUAUAAUCAAAUGCGUCCUCCUAGGAAUUGUCCUGGUCCCAAUUCGAGCCAUCCUCCUGUCCUUGGUUCUCAUGGUGACAUGGCCGGUGUCAGUUAUCAUAACCUUCAAGUACCCUCUGAAAGGAGCAGUGGAGCCAAUGAUAGGGUGGAGACGGUUCAUGUGUCGGAGAGUGAUGGGUGCCCUGGGGAGGGCUUACUACUUCUGCAUGGGCUUCAGAGUGGUGAUCAAGGGUAGGCAGGUCAACAGUAGUGAGGCCCCCAUCCUGGCUGUGGCCCCUCACUCCACCUUUUUUGAUGGGAUUGUGUGCAUUGUUGCUGGCCUGCCCUCGACUGUCUCCCGUGUUGAGAACUUGGCUACACCCAUCUUUGGCAGAUUUGUGCGCUGCCUUCAGCCAGUGCUGGUGUCCAGAAAGGACCCGGACUCCCGGAAGAACACGAUCCAAGAGAUUGACAGCAGAGCCAAGUCAGGGGGCAACUGGCCACAGGUCCUGAUAUUUCCAGAAGGAACAUGUACAAAUCGUUCCUGUCUAAUCACUUUUAAACAAGGGGCCUUUAUCCCAGGGGUCCCUGUGCAGCCUGUGCUCAUGAGGUAUCCCAACAAACUGGACACAGUGUCUUGGACUUGGCAAGGCUUCAGCUCGAGGACACUGCUGCUUUUGACUCUGAGCCAGCUCUAUACCACAGUAGAGAUAGAGUUCUUACCGCCACAUAUCCCCACAGAGGAGGAGAAGAAAACCCCUUCUCUGUUUGCAAGCAGAGUGCGAGACACCAUGGCCCAGGCUUUGGGUGUUCCAGUUACAGAUCACACUUAUGAAGACUGCCGCCUGAUGAUUUCAGCUGGUGAGCUAACCCUGCCCAUGGAGGCGGGCCUGGUGGAGUUCACCAAAAUAAGCCGUAAACUCAAUUUGAAGUGGGACAAUGUGAGGAAGGAGCUGGAGAGCUUUGCAGGCAUGGCCAGCUCUUGUAAAGGAGGGAGGAUCACGAUCCAGGAGUUUGCCAGAUUCCUGAAGCUCCCUGUCAGCACAGCUCUUGAGGAGCUCUUUGCACUAUUUGACAGGAACGGAGAUGGCACUAUAGACUUCAGAGAAUAUGUCAUCGGUGUGACCAUCUUGUGCCGACCAGCAAACACUGAAGACGUUCUUCGAAUGGCUUUCAAGCUUUUUGAUACAGAUGAGGAUGAGAAAAUCACUCGAGAGGAGUUCACUGCUCUGCUGCGCUCAGCUCUGGGUGUGUCGGAUCUGAACAUGGUUAAGCUUUUCAAGGAGAUUGAUGCUGACUGCUCUGGUUUCAUCACCUUCAGUGAAUUUCAAGCCUUUGCCACAACACAUCCGGAGUACGCCAAGCUCUUCACUACAUACCUUGAGCUUCAGAGAUACCAAGCGAUCCAGGAGGCCUGCCCGGGUGAUCUCCAAUUGUCUGGUCAGGCUAGUUCAGAGGGAAACCAGGAAGACAGCACCUCUGACAAAAAAGAUGACUGAGAAAUCUCUCUAAGGGACAGACCUCUGAAUUUAGUGCACUGAGAAGGAAAAUGAAAAAGUGUCAUCUGCCCUCCAACAACUGUUAGAAAAAUCAAGUCAAUUGCCACAGUGGAGCCAUAUUAAAAGGUCAUGAGCUUGUCUUUUUUAUAGAAGGUUUUUAGAGUGCUACCAUUCAAUUUUAGUGCCUUAUAGAGAUGUUAAAGAAGCUACUGCACAAAAAAUGUUUUUUUUUUAAUUCUUAAAUCCUUUUGAUUGUGUGUGUGUUUUCUCCACAAAAAAGAAACCGAUGAAAAGCUAAUCAUAUGAAAAUAUAUCAGAACUCACAUGGGCACUCAUCAGUGUUUUAACUGUGUAAACCCUGCAAUAUUUAGAUUUUUAAUGUUAGUGACUGUGUUUUAUGAUGUACUUCAAUAUUUUAUCCACAUCAUUGUAAACUGCCUCACCGUGUUUCUGCCUUGGAUCCAUCUUUCUCCGUGCCCUGAGCCUACCCUUGCUUUGACUGGGAUGAACAUAGCUUUGUGUUUCUCUCUUUUGUCUUUGUGGUCUUCUGUAAGUGAGUGAAAAAAAAAUGCCAAACCGACACCUUUUUAAAUAUAAGCAAACAGUCCUUGUGCUUCUGUGUUGCAGUUAAUUAGUGUACAGCAAGCUUUAUUAAGAUCUUUCCUUUCUGGCAACCCACAGAUGUUCUGUAUCCAAACUAUGUCUACGAAGAGCAUACAUGCUGCGCAUUACACUUUUUUCCAGCGCUCAGGGACACAGACCUUGUAAGAUGGCUGUAUAAUUAGCCAGAGGUUUGCUUUGCAUGUGUAUCUAUUUGCAUUUCUACUGAAGAAUGUUGUUGCUGAGACAGCAACACGUCUGCACAGUUUUAAGUUUACUAAAGCAAAUGAACCACUGAAAAUAGGGCAAUUUGUGAGCAAAAAGCCAACAGUGCUGCUUCACAACAGUAUAUUCCAGCGGGGUAUGCUUUCAGAUUAACAAGCAGCACCGUUAUUAUUAAUCCAUGUGCAUUGCAAUUAUGUGAUUUUUUUUCUUCGUUUUUGUUAACACUGCAAAAUUUGCUUUGUAAAAUAAAACAAGAAUACAAAUUUCA